UUCUCUCUAACAUCCUCUAGAGAACCCCUUUGGAAAAUUUGUGGAUUUAGGUUUGAAUUUUCCUUGAUCUUUGUAAACCCUAAAUCCUAGCGAUUGGGUUUGAUCAAUUUUGCUUCGGCGCCUUUUGCCAGCAACGCGCAGAGGUGGGGAACGAACAAACAAACGAUAGGAGUGAAGAAUCGGAUGCGGAAUUUGCGUUCUUAGGAGAUUAAUCAUCAUUCGGUGAAAUGCCAAGCAUUGGCGUGAAGUUAUACAGCGUAUUUUUCAAAUUUAUGCUAAAGCAUCGGCUGCAGAGCCGAUUACAAGUGCCGGAGAGCGACGCCGUCGGCAGCGGUGGCGGAAAUUUUGGGGUCACGUCACGACCGGAGGAGGGCACCGCCGCCGCCGUCAAUCCUUCCUUCACGGACGGCGUCGCCACCAAAGAUAUACACGUAGAUCCUUUGACGUCGCUCUCGAUUCGCAUCUUUCUUCCCGAGACCUGCCUUCGUUCUCCCGACGCGCUGACCAAUUCUCGUGGACCUGUAUUCGAUUCCGUAUCUCGCCGUAGCAGCUAUGGAUCGCCAAACAACGGGGCAAUUCCUAGCAGCAACGGAGGUGUAGUUGUUAAGCGUGUUCAGAAUAUUGAUAGCAAUAGACGAAGUAGUUACGGAGGCUGUAUUGAUGAUUCGGCUUUGAAAUCCGACGGAGGUUACAAAGGUUACAAUCCAUCAGGGAAGAACUGCCGGAGAUUACCGGUGAUGCUGCAGUUCCACGGCGGGGCAUUUGUGAGUGGGAGCAACGAUUCAGUAGCAAACGAUUGUUUCUGCCGGCGAAUUGCGAAACUGUGCGAUGUGAUAGUGUUGGCUGUGGGGUAUCGGUUGGCGCCGGAGAAUAAGUAUCCGGCGGCCUUCGAGGAUGGAGUAAAAGUGCUUCAUUGGCUAGCGAAGCAGGCGAAUUUGGCUGAAUUUGGGAGGGGAGGAGGAGGAGGAGCUGUUGCGAAGAAGAUGGAGGGUAAUUGGCAUGUUGCCGAUGCAUUUGGAACAUCCAUGGUGGAGCCUUGGUUAGCUGCUCAUGGGAAUCCGUCGAGGUGUGUGCUUCUUGGGGUGAGCUGCGGGGGGAACAUUGCUGAUUACGUGGCUCAGAAAGCUGUCGAGGCUGGCAAGCUUUUGGAGCCGGUAAAAGUGGUUGCCCAGGUUUUAAUGUAUCCGUUCUUCAUCGGAAGUGUUCCGACACAUUCGGAAAUAAAGCUCGCAAAUUCCUACUUUUACGACAAGGCUAUGUGCACACUUGCUUGGAAACUAUUCCUUCCCGAGGAAGAGUUCAGCCUCGAUCACCCGGCAGCCAACCCACUAAACCCGAACAGAGGAGGGCCUCUCCCGAAACAGAUGCCUCCGACCCUGACAGUUGUGGCUGAACACGAUUGGAUGAGAGACCGUGCGAUCGCAUACUCGGAGGAGCUUCGGAAGGUGAAUGUCGACUCUCCUGUGCUCGAGUACAAGGACGCCGUUCAUGAAUUUGCGACUUUGGACAUGCUCUUGAAGACCCCUCUAGCUCAGGCCUGCGCUGAGGACAUCGCCAUUUGGGUCAAGAAGUAUAUUUCACUCCGAGGCCACGAGUUCUCGUAUUGAUCGAUACGGAUGGAUGUUUGAUUCCAUUCGAGUUAGAACACGGGCGUGUUGCUGUGUAUGAUAAUGGUACAACACCAUGCAUAGGAUGGAUAUGUAUAAUGAGUAUGGCUUAGAAGAAAAAAUUGGUCACUACUUCUCUGUUUGUACAUUUAUUAUUGAUUGGUUUUUAAAACAUAGUUUUGUUGGUUACUGCUUUA